GAGCCAGAGAUUAGAAAUUAUCCUGGAAUUUUGUUGCUGCUGUGCAGCAUUGGAACUGGAGAGCAACAAAGAUUGAAAAUAGCGCCAUACCCGGCAGAAGACCCCCACCCCCAAGGUACAACCACUCAGUGGCCACGGGGAACAGGAGUACACCAGGGAAGGUUGAGGCUCUGGAGAGGCUCAGGGGCUGGGCCCAGUCACAGGGGCCAGGAGCAGCAUGAGACUCACAGGACUGCAGCACAGAAGUCUGGGCAGCACAGAUGUCCCUGGAGCAGAGCAGUCCCAUCAGAACAUGGAGGUGACCGGCUCGCUCCAAAUGGAGCAGCACACCAAGAGCGAGCUGGCCACGAAACUCGGCCAGCUGCGGGAGAAGCUGACAGAGCUAAAGGAGCUGGUGGAGGAGAAAUAUCAAGAGGCUCAGGAGCUGCAGCAGCAGCGGAACCACUACCUUAGUCACCUUCAGCAGUACAUGGCCGCCUACCAGCAGCUCGUGGCCGCCUACCAGCAGCUGGCCAACGAGAAGGACGUCCUGCAGAAGCCGGUGCUGCUUAACACCCAGCUUGGCAACUGGAUGCAGCACGAAGAAGAGCAGGGCAAGAUGGAGGUCGAGUUGGCCCACCAAGAGCUGCUGGAAACACAAGUGGGGCAGUUGGAGUGCCAGACACCCUGUGGCCGCCCGAGCAGGAAGACCUGCGAGCAGCAUCCCUUCUCACUCUUUCCUGCCAGCCCCACUGAACCUCAUGGCUUAGACUGGAGGAAGUGAGUGGGACUUCAGCAGAGGAGGGGUUUGCAAGAGUGGAAGCCACCCUUAGGACAACUUGGAUCCUUCUCCUUUGGGGACUUGCUGGCACAGGGUUGCACAGAGAGGAGGGGGCAGAGCUUGCUGGCUUUCAGGGAUGCUUCAGAACCCAGGUGUUCUUUGAGGCCCUCUGUCUGCCCCCCAACAAUAAAUGGACUGAGCAGUGAGGAGGAGGAGGAAGAGGAGAACAAGGGUCCCCUGCCAAAGCUAAGCAUCCCUGAUGACCUAGACAGCCGCGAGGCCAUGAUGACAUUUUGUAACGCGGCCUUGGCCAGUGCUGAGGAAGCGGCGCGGCUACGCGGGCAGCUCAAGGAGCAAAAGAUGCUCUGCCAGUUCCUGGCUCAGCAGACAGCUCCAUGGGACCAGGAUCCCGAGAAGAUGGAGGCCCCAGCCCCCGCCACCUGGGGGGAGAGUGUGCCUGGGGAGACCCACCAGGCCCUUCAGGGAGCCAUGGAGAAACUGCAGGUGAGUGUGUGUAAGGCAGGAAGGAAUGGCCACAGGGCAGGUUUUCUGAUCCAGCAGACCAGGUACAGGAGAAGUGAGUCCUGGAAGCCUCAGUGACUUUUGCAGGCUUUUAUUGGGAUUUACCGGAUACAUGGCAGGCAGGGGUGCUGGGUGGGUCAGGAGGCAGACAGGCCUCCCA